GCGGCCGGAGCCGAGCGGGCGGGCGGUGUCGGGGCCGCGCGGGGCCGCCCGGUCGGUGCCCGGCGGGAUGUUCCGCAAGGCGCGGAGGGUGAACGUGCGGAAGCGGAACGACUCGGAGGAGGAGGACGAGGAGCGCGACGAGGAGCCGCCUCAGGAGCCGCCGGCGGCGGCGGCGGCGGCGGCGGCCGGGGCGGGGGGGGAAGGGCCCAGCGAGGCCUCCAUGUCGCUGGCGGCGGGCGCCGGGCUCCUGCCGCUGCCCGCGGGCUGCGUGCCCCUCGCCCUGCCCGGCAGCCCCGCGGCCUUCGCCUGCGCUGCGAGCUACGGCGCGGCGCUCGGGCUGGGGCUCGGCUUGAUGGGAGGCGACCGGGCAGGCCUGGGGGCUCUGCCGGCGCCCGCCCUCCUGCCCCCCCCGCCGCCGCCGCCGCAGCCCCAGCAGGGCAACGGGCUGCCGGCGGCCGGCCGCCCCAAGGAGAAGAAGCGGCCGCGAGAGAACAAAGAGGUGCCGCGGGCCAGCCUGCUCAGCUUCCAGGACGAGGAAGAGGAAACUGAAGAAGUUUUUAAAGUGAAGAAAUCAAGUUACAGCAAAAAGAUUGUAAAGCAGUUGAAGAAAGAAUACAAAGAAGAUCUUGAAAAAUCAAAAGUUAGAACAGAGGUCAAUUCUCCAACAGAUGUCGAAGCACCACUAGAAAAGACAGGACAGAAUAAGGAUCUAGGCCAAGAAGAUGGGACUGCAAACAGUGAGCAUGGUGAAGAAGAAAUGGAAGUUGAAAGUGAGAAGGAAGAUGAAAAACUGAAAGCUGGUGGGGCGUUUUCGAAUGCUCUGUCCUCCCUGAAUGUUCUCCGCCCAGGAGAAAUUCCAGAUGCUGCUUUUAUUCAUGCCGCUAGGAAAAAGCGUCAGAUGGCUCGUGAGCUCGGAGACUUUACCCCCGUUGAGAGCGAACCGGGGAAAGGCCGCCUCGUCCGAGAAGACGAAAAUGAUGCCAGUGACGAUGAAGAUGAUGACGAGAAGAGGAGGAUAGUUUUUACAGUGAAGGAAAAAUCCCAAAGGCAAAAGAUUGCCGAGGAAAUAGGUAUUGAGGGAAGUGAUGAUGAAGCACUGGUGGCAGGGGAGCAAGAUGAAGAACUCAGUAGAUGGGAGCAAGAGCAGAUACGAAAAGGAAUCAACAUACCCCAGGUUCAACCAAGUCAGCCUGCUGAAGUGAAUAAUCUGUACUACCAGAACACUUACCAGACACUGUCUUAUGGUUCAUCGUAUGGUAUCCCAUACACCUACGCUGCGUAUGGAUCAUCGGAGACCAAGGCUCAAAAAACAGAUAAUACAGUUCCUUUCAAAACUCCCAGUAAUGAGAUGACUCCUGUUACUAUUGAUUUGGUAAAGAAACAGCUUAAAGACAGGUUGGACUCUAUGAAAGAAAUGCACAAGGCUAAUCGGCAGCAAUAUGAGAAACAUCAGCAAAGCCGAGAGGACUCUACCAAGGCAAUUGAAAGAUUAGAAGGGUCUUCUGGGGGUAUUGGUGAACAGUAUAAGUUUUUGCAAGAAAUGCGAGGGUAUGUCCAAGACUUGCUUGAGUGUUUCAGUGAAAAGGUGCCUCUGAUUAACGAGCUGGAGUCUGCAAUGCACCAGCUGUACAAACAGCGAGCUUCCCGCCUUGUCCAAAGACGACAAGAUGAUAUUAAAGAUGAAUCUUCGGAGUUUUCAAGCCAUUCAAAUAAAGCACUGAUGGCACCAAAUCUUGAUUCUUUUGGGCGAGACAGAGUGAUCUAUCAAGAACAAGUCAAGCGCCGAACUGCAGAAAGAGAGGCUAGAAGAGCUCGCCGUAGACAAGCAAGAGAGCAAACUGGGAAGAUGGCAGAUCACCUCGAAGGCCUUUCCAGCGAUGACGAGGAAACUUCAACAGAUAUCACAAACUUCAACUUGGAGCGAGAUCGUAUACUGAAAGAGUCCAGCAAAGUUUUCGAAGAUGUUUUGGAAAGCUUUUACUCAAUUGAUUGUAUUAAGUCACAGUUCGAAGCUUGGCGCUCCAAGUACUUCGCUUCUUAUAAGGAUGCUUAUAUUGGCCUCUGUUUACCAAAGCUGUUUAACCCUUUAAUCAGACUUCAGCUGCUUAUCUGGACUCCUUUGGAGGGCAAGUGUCGAGAUUUUGAAACGAUGUUGUGGUUUGAAUCAUUGCUGUUUUAUGGCUGUGAAGAGCAGGAGCAAGUGAAAGAUGAUGCUGAUAUUUCACUGUUGCCUACCAUUGUAGAGAGAGUUGUUCUUCCUAAAUUAACAGUGAUUUCAGAAAAUAUCUGGGAUCCUUUUUCUACCACACAGACAUCUAGAAUGGUAGCAAUUGUACAGAAACUAGUAGAUGGAUAUCCCUCAGUGGUGAACGCAGAAAACAAAAAUACACAAAUGCUUUUAAAGGCAUUAUUGCUAAGAAUGAGGAGAACACUAGAUGAUGAUGUAUUCAUGCCCUUAUAUCCAAAAAACAUCUUAGAAAACAAGAACUCUGGUCCAUAUUUGUUUUUCCAACGUCAGUUUUGGUCCUCUGUCAAGUUAUUAGGAAACUUUCUCCAGUGGUAUGGGAUCCUUUCAAAUAAAACUCUCCAAGAGCUGUCCAUAGAUGGGCUGCUAAAUAGAUAUAUUCUUAUGGCUUUUCAAAACUCGGAGUAUGGAGAGGACAGCAUUAAGAAAGCUCAAAGUGUAAUUGCUUGCUUUCCUAAACAGUGGUUCAGUAAUCUAAAAGGAGACAAGACUAUUUCUCAGCUAGAAAACUUCUGUAGGUACCUUGUUCACCUGGCUGAUACAAUUUACAGAAACAGCAUUGGUUGCUCUGAUGUAGAGAAGAGAAAUGCAAGGGAGCACAUCAAGCAGAUCAUAAAGCUUUUAGCAAGUAUCCGAGCCCUGGAUCAUGCUGUUACAGUUGCAAAUGAUCACAACGUAAAAGAGUUAAAGAUUUUAAUAGAAGGAAAAUAGACUUUUCCCACAACUCAUUUUGAGCUUUAAAACCAUUCCUGAUGUGUAAUUUAUGUACAUAUGUAAAGUUUCUUAAACUGUAAAGUAUUGAUCUUUGUUUUAAUACAAAGUGCAUUCUUAUAUACAGCAUCCUUAAAAAUAAAAAUCAUUGACUUCAUUGAAAACAAAAAUGGAAUCCCAAGAUUGUCAUCUUUCCAGAAACCAACUUUUCCUUCAAGUUUCUCAAAAUCUUGUUUACAAAAAUACUUUGUGCCCAUGAUCAGUAGUCAUCUACUCCUGUUAAUUGUUCCAUGGUUAACUGGAAUGUGUAUAAUAUAUUUUGUGUAAUCCAAUGUAUGCACAUAUUUAUACCACCAUGUUGCUUUCACACUGGAUAUAGAGAUGUUGUGCUGUUGCAAUAAGCUUUUCAUUUGCUAAAAAUUACUUAUUUUGACAAUAAAAUGAUCAUCUUAUUGGUCAAAAGGGCUGGUAAAACAUUCAAAUAUGUGAAAAUCGUUUGAGCUGAAGAGUAGAGACACGUUCAAAUGGAACCUGACCUUUAAAAAGCAGCUGUGCUGCACUCCAAGUGGAGUAGCUAAAAAGUGAUUUACGUUCAGAAUAUGGAACUCUGAAGACUGUUCUUUGAAGGGAAAAUCCAAAAUCGCUGCUGAAUUAUUUUAAUGUAGGCAAACAAUUAGAACUUGUGAUCAUUGUGCAUGUGUAGAUGGCAGCACUUUCUAAGCUCCAAACACCUGUCAUUUUGGAGGAGUAAUGGUUUACUCUGAACUCUGGACCCUCCUUUCUUUUGUAAGUUGCUUAAAUCCACUGUUUGUGUCAGGAUUUGGGGGUUUUGGUUUUGUGGGUUUUUUUGUUUUCUGUUUUUUGGGUUUGUUUUCUAAUGUCGUCCAUGGAACCUGUUUCUUCAGAUUUGUGUGGCUAAAGAGGUCGAGCAAAACGAAGGUGAAAAAAACUUUGAAGUAUUUAUAUUGUAGUAAAUAUUCAAAUGUUACACUUUCCACUAAAUACCACAUAAGAAUAGUCUUUCAAGAAAAGCCCAAACAGGGAUCAAAUUUAAAUGUAAAUAAAAAAGAAAACACUUUAAAAAAAUCUGUUGAUUUAUAUCAGAACACUAGUGACUUGAUCUUGGGGUCCAAGGCAUGGGGACAGCUGUAAUAGCCUUGGGUUAAGAGCUAUUUCCACAUGUGCCCUCCUUUUUUGAGGGGAACUGUAGCAAUUUGCGUAAUGAGUCACAUUUGUGCUCCUGUUGUGGUAUAAAUGAGUUACAGUAAAUACGAACCGUUUGUCACAUGCACACUUCUUUGGACACUGGACAGUUGUUUUUCUGAACUGUUGGGAUUGAUGGGGUACACUCAGAAAUACCUGCUUUUUAAAAUUGUUUCAAUAAACUCAUCUGGUGGAGGA